AUGAUGAAGCUCGCCAUCCUCGCUUCCGCCGCCCUCUUCGUCGCGGUCAACGCCGCUCCCGCCGCCGACAAUGCACAGUACAUCACAACCACCACGCAGACCGACAGCGCGUGCGUCUACUACACCUCCGGCACGGAGACGCAGACGACCACCGUCGCCGGGUCGACCUCCACCUUGGAUGACCCGAGCACGACGACGUACACCACGACGCACUUCGUGCUGCCAACGAUGACAGCGAGGGCGUUGGAUAAGCGCGAGCAGACGACGAUCGUUGUGAGCCAGGUGUGCGCGAACACGCGGACGGAGAACCCGUGGACGACGACGUCGGACCCAGCAAUUGUGACCACCACUACUGCGUACGCGAGCACGGCGACGUAUACGGAGACGUAUACGCUCUGCGUCGAGGGUCACUACUGCUUGUAA